AUGGCAUUCGCUGCGAUCAAUUCCGCAGGCAAGCCCAUCAUCGCCAUUGAGGAGGCCUUUGCGACCGAGCCCUCGCUCAAGAAACGAGUUUAUGAUGCGAUCGGAGCUACGCCGCAGCAUGCACCCCUCUUUGAGGAUCUCGCUCGAUAUACCUCCUCCCUGCUGGCCAGGACUGCGAAAACUGCUUCCCUUCCGCUCGUACCGCCGCCCAGCGAGGGCCCAGCCGUGAAGAAACGCAAAAUACAAAAUGGAGAGCCACAAGUAACGGCGCAGGCGCCGGUUGAUGUCAAGGGCGAUGCGCCCAUCCAAUUCGUCGUCGAGGAUGUCUCGUUUGCUAUCCCGCAACGCAAGAAGCUCACGCUCGAGGUUACCGCUGGGAACAGGUAUCUGCGUGCGAGGAACCAGACCUCAAAACAGGUGGAGUUUGGAAUCCCCAUGGAUCGAAUCCGUCAUGCCUUGUGCCUCCCUGUGCCCGAAAAGACGCAAAAGCAGUUCAACUUUUGUAUCAUUCCCGAAUAUGCUGAUGGAGUCACGCCGCCGCCCGAGGGUAUUACCACCUUUGAAUGUAUGGUCUUCACGGUACCCGACGGCCCAGCCAAGGCCGCAUUCGACGGAUCGAGACAACAGAUUGGGAAUAAUGCUGGCGAGACUGCCGAGGCUCUGAUCCGGAAGAUCCUGAACGACAAUUUGACAACCACUAGCGUUGUGCGACCUGAUGAGAGGCAAUUCGUGAGCGCAAUGCCCGAGGCGCAUCGCAAAUCCGAGAAAGCAUACCAUGUCAAGGCGUUCCGGGGUAGUAAAGAAGGUUACCUUUUCCUACUUUCAUCUGGCAUUCUCUUCGCGUUCAAGAAGCCCCUUUUGUUCUUCUCCUUCGACACUAUCGAGUCUGUCUCGUACACCUCGGUCCUUCAGCGCACCUUUAACUUGAAUAUCCUGGCCCGGCCAAGUGGCGGCACUGAUGAUGAUACGCAAGAAUUCGAGUUCUCGAUGAUCGACCAGGCCGACUUUGACGGUAUUGACACCUAUAUCAAGCGCCACGGUCUUCAAGAUGCCAGUCUUGCAGAGGCACGACGGGCGAAGAAAUACAACGUCAACGGCGGCAACAAAGCCGAAGAUGGCACUGAUGGCGCCGAGGGUGCUGGCGAAGAAGAGAGUGAACUACAGAAAGCCCAGCAAGAGCUUGAAGACCUGGAGGACGAGGAUGAAGAGGACUACGAUCCGGGCAGUGAUGAUGGGAGUGAUGGCAGUGGUUCUAGCAGUGAAGAAGACUCAGAUGAGGAUGAAUUCCACGAGGAUGCCGACGCGGUCAGUGAUGGAGACGAGAACCUGGUCGAACAGGAGCUCGGUAGUGAAGCGGAGGAUAUUGGCGACGAAGAAUAG